UAUGUUCCAAAAGAAUGAAGUUAUGAAUCAUAGCCAAGAAAAAAACUCUUCCUGUUUUAAUGAACUAGAAUAUUUUGAACAAAGCAAUUCCGGCAGUCUUCAAAGAAAAAAGAAAUUCUUAAAUGAAUGCGGAAAACUAUUAAGUAAAUUACCCGAAACAGUACUAGAUUCGCGUAAAUGUCGAUAUAAAAUCCCAAAAGAAUGGUCACCUAAGAGCGAAAAAGAGAUUAAAAAUAUUAAAAUGCAAACUAAAUCUGCUAAAGAAGAAGAAAGAGAAGAUAAUACCAUAAAGAUUGAUUUUGAUAACAGCACUACUCUAUGCUUAAAUAUCAAAUUAACUGACAAUUUACAGUGUUUAGCAGAUGCCAUUAUAAAAGUGUUUGAAGAGUAUAAUAAAAUUAAAAAAGAGAGGCUUGAUGAAAAUGAUACCUUAAAUAACGAGGAGAAAUUAUCAGACACUUGCAAAGAUACUACUCUAUCUGCUGAUAGAGGAAGAAACGAAACAUCCUCAUCACCUAAUAGAUCACAUAAAGAAUCUCAAAAUAAAAAUUCCCACAGUAUGCAGUUGGAAGCGGUACCAGAGAUAUCUUCGGAUAGUAGGAAUGACUUUCGAACAAUGGACAGUAGGAAUCAAGGCAUUUACGAAAGCUCCAAGAAGACUACCAGUUACUACUCGAAUUCAAAAGACGGAAGUAGUGGACAGAGAAGCAGAUCAAUUAGAAUGGAAAAUGAAUUAACAUCUAUGAAAUCGGCAAAACAGUUAGAGCCUAAUUAUGCUAACGAGGACUUAGAAAAAGUUCAACCACACACCUUGAGGAAUUCAGACCUCAUACAAAAGUUUUCGUCCUACUGUUAUGAUAGUUCUUCAGCUGCGCCCGACAAUGAAGAAGAAUACGAUAGGCUAUCAAAAACUAAAAAUCUAGAAAAUGAAGUUCGUAGUAAUCCCUCACAAUACAGUUAUACGGAAAAUUCGACUUGUGACACCUCCACAAAUGAAACUUUAGAAAAUUCAAAAUAUCAAAAGCCUGCUCUGACAUCUGUAAAUCGUCCUUUAAACCGUGAAUACAUUUCAGAAGACUUAAACAAAAAGAAAGCCGGAAAUACUGACUUAUCGAGCGAAAAUAUUAAUGCUUGUAAUUCGUCGACACCAUUUAAGAAAUCUCGAUUUGGAAAAAAUCAAAUUCCACGCACAAGAGAGAAUUCUCCAAUACAAUGUUUUCAAAUAGAUAACAUUAGUAACUUGAAUCACUCAACUCUAAGUCAUGUAAUGGAUAAACUAAACGAUUCCUACGCUCAAUUCGACAAAAACCAAGAUUACAUUCAUGCAUAUUCGGAUAAACCGUUUGAAUGUGAUGAUAUUUACACUUUGGAAAAAAAUCCAUCAGAUUACUCUGAUGAUAUAGAGGACGAACAAGAUUGUUUUGAACAGUCCGAAAGUGAACGAAGGAGAUUAAAAUGUCAUAAACUUCCGAAAAUGUUUAAAGACGAAGAAAGACGUCAUCAUAAGACCUUUUCACGUCGAUCAAAGAAACUCGAAAGAGUUGGAAAGAGUUCUCCAGAAAAUGUAAUCGAAUUUGAUUUAUAUGAUAAUUUCUCAGCUGGAAAUUGUCAUCCUCAAUGCCCUAGUCAGGGCUGUAUAUUAGAGAAAAUAAAACAAGAACUGCAACGCCCAACAGAAAAGAAAACAAAACAAGGACAUUCAACUCCUAGUUACUUGUCCACAGCGGACAAAGAGUUUCAAAGCCAUUUGAAGCAGACUGUACGAAAAAGAAUAAACAUGACCAAUUAA